GGGCAGUGUGAGUAUUGUUUUGUGAAAUUUGUUUUAAUUAUCCAAUUUCAUCCUGGCCCUGCGCUUAUCUAUUCCAUCGUUUUCCUCACAUAAUUACAAUAUGAGACACUGAACUCCUUAAACGAUGUAAUUGCGAUGGGUUAUGCUCAAAUGAUCAAUUGUAAAUGUAUAUGGAAAUGUGUAGCCACCAGUAUGCUAACCAGUAGUUAGCUAAACGAAGCUAUUCUGUCACAAAUGUCUCGGUUAUAGAGCGCAUUCGUGCUAUGUUUAACGUUUUGUCUGAGGCCCACAAUUUCUGGUUCACAGUUUUUUGUCAAUGUGCAAUCACAGUGAAACCAGCUAAUUAGAUCAAAAUAUGCCGGCAUCAUUAGCUAGCUGAAGUUGGCCAUAGUACCUGGCGUCACCAGACAAAAUUGCCAUAUUAACACCUGGCUCAAUUGUUAUCCGAGGCGGAUUCUGUAGCAAAAGUUUUGCAACGAAAACCUGAGUUUCUAUUGGACAUUCAGGUAGAAUGUCGGUUUCCGUUUCAAAAACGUUUUGAAUCCAACUAAUGAAUACACCACAGAUGGCGCCAAACAAGAAAGGAGGUGAAAAAAAGAAGGGGCGUUCUGCCAUCAACGAGGUUGUGACCAGGGAGUACACGGUCAACAUCCACAAGCGCAUACAUGGCGUCUCCUUUAAGAGGAGGGCACCUCGCGCUCUCAAGGAGAUACGAAAGUUCGCCAUGAAGGAGAUGGGAACCCCUGACGUGCGUAUCGAUACUCGCCUGAACAAGGCUGUGUGGACCAAGGGGGUGAGGAAUGUCCCAUACCGUAUGCGUGUGCGCCUGUCAAGGAAGCGCAAUGAAGAUGAGGACUCUCCCAAUAAACUGUAUACCCUCGUCACAUACGUUCCUGUCACGACAUACAAAGGUCUGCAGACAGUCAAUGUGGAUGAGAACUAAUUAUUCAUUGGUGUCGAAAUACAUUUAUAAGACUGCAGUCUUGGAUGAUAUACAAGUUUAUACAAUCACUAAUUGGGAUUCUUGAUGGUGCAAUUUAUGCUUACAUAGUUUCAAGUUUUAUUAGUUGUAUGUACGGGAUACACAUGGUAUACACCACGUCCAAUGAAAUGCUUACAUGAAAAUAAAUUAUUUCUAGAG